AUGUUGCUUGAGGAUCAACGGUACCUCCAUGAGGAUCUGGAGCGGUUGGAGCAGGCUGUCGCUGAUCGCGUGGCGGAGGAGCCGCGAAACGUCCGCGAACGCCUAGCCCGUGAUCAUGAAGUCGCCAAAUUUCUUGAUAGAAUUGAGGAACAAUCGAAGCGACUCCUCGAAAUUUACAAGGAUGCCGAUGGGCUACGAGAGAAGGAAGUGCAGUCAAUUUCGACCGGCGAUCAAUUCGAAGAAUUCUACAAGCAACUCGCCGAAAUCAAAGAUUUUCACAAGCGCUACCCCAAUGAACCUACCGAGAACCUUGAACGUGCAUACAAGCGCCAUGAACCCGGCGAAGGCGAGUUUUUGGGUAAGGAGAUCGACAAUAUGUUCACUGGUGAAGAAGGAUUUGGACAGUAUCUGGAUCUUACAAAGCCUCAUGAGGACUACCUGAACCUGCACGGGGCCAAGCGAUUGACCUACACCCAAUAUCUCGACACCUUCGAUAUCUUUACACCACCCACCCUAUCCAUCAAGCGCAAAGACAAGAUCAACGAUCGGUACUUCGGUUAUGUCGGAGAGCUUGCCAGUUAUCUAGAGAAUUUUCUGAGGAAAGUGAGACCACUAGAAGAUUUGGACAAGCUUUUCGCUAGUUUCGAUGAACAAUUCGAAAAGCAAUGGGCAGCGAAGGAGAUCCCGGGCUGGACUGAGGAGAAGACUGAGAAUGGCACUUCUGGUCCGACAACCCAAGGAACUGGUGAGGGCACUUGGUGUCCGGAUUGUGAGAAGGAGUUCAAGAAUGAGAACGUCUACCGGAAUCACUUGACAGGCAAGAAACACAUUCGCGCAGCAGAAGCCCGCAAGUCUGGCGAAGCGCCAUCCGCAACCGCAAGCAAGGGAACAUCUGCGGCCUACAGCAUGAAGGAACGUGCAAUCGCAGAGCGUGAACACCGAAUCCGAUGCUUGACGGAUGUCCUGAAGACAGAGCGACAAGCCACGAAGAUCAACGUUGAGCGACGACAGGGUAUGACUGAACGUGAACGCCAAAUGGAAUUGGAGGCUAUUUUGGCCGAGCCCGAGACUGCAGGUGCCGAAGGUCAAGCUGGAGAGGAGUCAGAUGGUGACGACGAGGAGCGUGUUUACAACCCAUUGAAACUGCCCCUGGCCUGGGAUGGUAAACCCAUUCCAUACUGGCUUUACAAGCUCCAUGGUCUUGGAGUCGAAUAUCCUUGCGAGAUCUGUGGAAAUUACGUGUACAUGGGUCGACGGGCAUUCGAUAAGCACUUCUCCGAGUCUACUCACAUCUACGGCUUGAAGUGUCUCGGUAUCACAUCGAAUACUAACCUCUUCCGAGAGAUCACCCGAAUCAGCGAGGCCAUGGCCCUCUGGGAUACACUUGAGAAGGACCGAAAGAAGGACAGAGACUCUCGCGACAAUGUGGUUCAGAUGGAGGAUGCUGAGGGUAACGUUAUGCCCGAACGGAUUUACUUGGAUCUGCAAAAGCAGGGUAUUCUUUGA